UAGCCGGCUGCUCCCGCUGCGGGUGGCUCGGGCUGUUCCUGUGGUUCCCUGAGUUGCUGCGGCGGCGGCGGCUACCGCGGCGGUGCUAGUGGAGGUGUCGGCCCCUGGGCGGAUGUUGACAUUGUGUUGUAAUUGCUGAUGGUAAUGGCGGCGGUGGCUGUGGCGGCGGUCCGGACCCCAUCUCCUCAGUAAGCGGAGCCGAGACAGCCAAGAGAGAACUCCGCGGCCUCGGAGCCGGCGGCAGCGACUCACCUCAGCCUCCGCCGCCUCGCCAGCCCGUACCCCAGCGCCAGCCCCUGGAGUCAGGCCCCUGCGGGCUGGGGGUCUCGGCGGCUCAGGAUGGCGGAUUUCGACGAGAUCUAUGAGGAGGAGGAGGACGAGGAGCGGGCCCUGGAGGAGCAGCUGCUCAAGUACUCGCCGGACCCGGUGGUGGUCCGCGGCUCCGGUCACGUCACCGUAUUUGGACUGAGCAACAAAUUUGAAUCAGAAUUCCCUUCUUCAUUAACUGGAAAAGUUGCUCCUGAAGAAUUUAAAGCCAGCAUCAACAGAGUUAACAGUUGUCUUAAGAAGAACCUUCCUGUUAAUGUACGUUGGCUACUUUGUGGCUGCCUUUGUUGCUGCUGCACAUUAGGUUGCAGUAUGUGGCCAGUUAUUUGCCUCAGUAAAAGAACACGAAGAUCGAUUGAGAAGUUAUUAGAAUGGGAAAACAAUAGAUUAUACCACAAGCUGUGCUUGCACUGGAGACUGAGCAAAAGGAAAUGUGAAACGAAUAACAUGAUGGAAUAUGUCAUCCUCAUAGAAUUUUUACCAAAGACACCGAUUUUUCGACCAGAUUAGCAUUUACUUUAUUUACAGAGACUUUCCAAGUAUGUUGUCUUUCCAAUGGUGCCUUGCUUGGUGCUCUCCUGGUGGUGACAUAACAUUGGUUCUACAAAGUCGUGUGGUGUUUUUUUGUUGUUGUUGUUGUUGUUUUUAAGUAACCGCAUGUUCUAAGUAUGCAUUUUUGUCAAACUUUGCAACAGUUAUUUCAUACAGAUGUUUAAUACUUAAGUUAUUGUGCUCUUUUCUGUUAUGUAUUCUGAUUUUCAAGGAUUACUUUUUUGUAUUAUCAAAAAAAUACAUUUGAACUUAGCAUAAAAAGUGGCCAGCCUUUUUUAUUUUAUCACCAAGGUAUACACAGUCCUUUAUUUAUAAAUUCCUUAACAUAAAAAAACACCUUUGUAAGGCUCUACUUAUCUAUUUUAGCAAGCACACUCUUGGUGUUAUAUAUUUUUUUCCUUUAUAAAUCUAACAGUCAUUAUUUUAAAGUGGUAAGUUUUCUUUAAUAGCCUUUUGGAACCUAACAUAUCCUUUCUCAUACAAUUUCUAAUGCUCUGUUUGCAGCAGAUAUAUCUGUAACAUUAUGAAGACCUAUCAAAAACUUAUGAAAGUAUUUCUGUCUUCACAGGUAGUAAGGCAGAAUUAAAUUAUUUUUAUUAGAAUAGAUAAAUCAAUGAAUGGUAUGCAUGCAUCUUAUGGUUACUAGAGCUCAGGAUCACAAAAUAUAGUAGCAUCACAAUCUGUGUAUAUUUUUGAUUGAGAUAUUAAUAAUAACCUUACUUGGGUUAUUUUUAUUGUUUAUCAAAUCUUAUAUACAAAAGUAUGGAAGUAUUCCUUUUAAAAAUUUCUAAGGAAAAUAUUUCUCCCAAUCUAAUCUGAUUAUAGAAUGGGUUUUUUGUUUUUUUUUUUAAAGUUUUUGAAAGAAAGUAAAGUUCUAGAAUUAAAAGUAAGCUGGUGUUUAAUCCCCUGUUGAUAUUCAGAACAGAUUGUUACUAAGAAAUGGAGGACAUGUUUAAUACUGUUUUAAUCCAGUAGUUUGCUUUCAGUCCAGUUAUAUAUAUUUUUUUGCUUGAGAGUAUAACAUAUAAGUUUGAAUCAGAUCAGCUUGUUUCUUUUAAAUAUACACACAACCCUAUUUUUUCUCCUUUUCGUUGUACAUAUAUAUCUCCAUGCAUUUUUUACCUUUUUAGAUUUCUGAAUGGCCUAUAUGUAAAUUUUUGUUUUUAUAAGCCUAAAAUGAUAUAAGUUUUAAUGUGUGUCAAGAACUUCUUCCAUACAACUGUGGUAUCGAGCAAUAAUGUGAAUAACUUUUGAAAUUAUAUAAACUAUGCUUAAUAAUUUGUAUUACAAAUUGGUACCACUAUACAGUACUUUUUUUCCUUGUAUUAAAUCUUUUAAAUACCAGUUUCAUUAAUUAUA